AUGGAGCAUGGACUAAACGCUGACCCCAGGGACUGUACUAGUUACACGGCCUGGGCAGGCAUUGCCCUGCUCUACCUGCACCUCCACCUCCACAGCAUCUUUGGAGACUUCUCUUUCCUCCAGAAGGCUCUGGACUAUGUCAGCCGCAGUCUGAGGAGUUUAACCCAGCGCUGGGUGACCUUCCUGUGAGGGGAUGCAGGGCCGCUAGCUGUUGCUGCAGUGGUCUAUCAUCGACUCCAGAAACCUCAAGAGGCUGAGGAGCGUGUGAACAGGCUGUUGCAUCUGCACCAGUCAGUAGUGCAGGGGAAAGGCAGGCUUCCUGAUGAGCUGCUCUAUGGCAGAGUGGGCUACCUUUACUCCCUCAUCUUCGUUAACCAUCAAUUUCAGCAGGAGAAGAUCCCCAUUCAAUACAUUCAACAGGUCAGCCACCAUUCUUUUGGCCUCAGACCUGACCGAAUGCACAUGACCUCGCAUUUGAACAAGGGAUACAUGACUAGAAUGAGUUAUGUAUCUCUGAAAUUGCUUCUGUCAUCUUCUGAUGUAACCAAGGACAUGCAGACAUUUUUAGCUUUUGGUAUUACACUGCCAUCAAGUGUGAAUAAACAACAUUACACACAAACAGACAUACAGAAGCAUCAAGAAAACCUAAGAUUUCUUCUCCAGGUGUUUGGUGUGAAGCAGUAUCUGGAGGACGCACUGCGCUGUGGCGAGGUGAUCUGGCAGAGGGGUUUGCUGAAGAAGGGCUAUGGCCUCUGUCUUGGAGCCGCCGGAAACGCAUAUGGCUUCCUGGCUCUUUACAAGAUCCUUCACCAGGAUCACCUCUACAGAGCCUGCAUGUUUGCAGACUGGUGCAUGAAUUAUGGAAAACAUGGCUGCCGGACUCCAGAUACACCGUUCUCACUGUUUGAAGUGAUGGCAGGCACAAUUUAUUUCCUGGCUGACUUGCUGCAACCGACUAAAGCCAAGUUCCCUGCUUUUGAGGUGUAAAGACUGUUCCAGAUGACUGAGCUUUUUCACUUAAGCUUCCUAGAGCCAGAAGAACUCGUCCUCUAAUGGUGGAAAAGUACUGUCUCACUCUGCAUGUGCGUCUGUAUGCCGCUGUUCUGUCACAAUUCACGCUAAGUCUUUUGAGAGGUGCUGUACAUGUGGAGAACAGUACGCAGGAGAUGUUAUUUUUGCCAUUACUGGAAGGUGGAUGGGAAUCUAGGAUGUAUAGAUUAGGGUCACUUUAGAACUAUUAAGCUUUAAAUAGUUCAGUAGGCUUAACAGAUUGCACUGAUUUUGUUUUUGAAUUUUUCAUGUUGUUAGUAUUACUUUAAUUAAAAUGACUCAUU